UUUUCUUCCUUGGCAACACGAAACACACUACAGAAUUGCGUCGUAGCAGAUAUCUACUCCGAUUGGGUACUUCAUCAUUUCGAUUAUGAUUACCAAAUUGUUCUUUUAUUAUUGUUUUCAUUGAAUUGCAGAAAAAAGCACAGUGUAUGAUAAUGACAAUGUUGGGGAAAGCAAGAGAAGGAGUGGCUCCAUUGAUGAAGCUUGUUAGGUUAAAAGGAAUGUGUAUUUUGGAGCAAUUGCAUUUAGAAGAACGGUUGCUUCGAACGAGUUCGGAUAAUUGGUGUAUUGUUAAUGAUGGAACUACUUCCCCUGCAAUUGUUAUGGGCUUGUCUGGGAAACUUUCAGAACUUGUUGAAGCCAAAUCUGUGUUGCGAGAUCAUAUACCUAUCAUCAGAAGGUUUACUGGGGGAGGAACUGUUAUUGUUGACAAUGGCACUAUAUUUGUUACACUGAUAUGCAAUAAAGACGCCGUUCCAAAUGUUCAACCCUUUCCCCGUCCCAUUAUGUCAUGGAGUGGUCUUUUGUAUGGUAAAGUUUUUGAAGGGCUUGCCGAUUUCCAUCUCCGUGAAAAUGAUUAUGCGUUUGGUGAUCGCAAAUUUGGUGGAAACGCUCAAUCUAUAACCAAGAACCGAUGGAUACACCACACGUCUUUUCUAUGGGAUUAUGAAGACAAGAACAUGUCUUAUCUCAAGUUACCUGCAAAGGCUCCCAAAUAUCGAUUAACAAGAGAUCACACGGAUUUCAUUUGUCGAAUGAAGGAGCACAUGCCGAGAUCAGAAUUUAUAGAGAGAACUAUAAAGGCGGUUGGAGACGAGUUUUCUGUGAAUCCUGUUAGCUUGGAGUCCAUAAACAUUGAUUCUGUUUCUGAAUAUGUUCAUACUACUAAACUACUAACAGAGCAAGAAAUUCGGGAAGCUUCUAUUCUUCAAACUUGAAAACAUAGUUACUAAAAGAGUGAUUAUAAUUUAUUAGUUUCAAUGCAAUGUUUUGAAAUUGUUGUCUAA